AACGGCAUCGCCACCUAGCGGUAGUUUAACUUGGAAACGAAAUCACUGUAAUUGCCAAUUAACUCAACAAAAAUCCUGUAAACGAUGCCACGCGGAAGAGGGGGCGAAAAUGGUUCUGAGAACCAAGAAGGGGUAGUGUCUUUCGAAACAUUGCGCGAUGAGGGAAACCAUUUCGUGCACGUUCAACAAUACCACAAGGCGGUAGAAAGUUUCACAAAGGCCCUAGAAUUAAAGCCAGAUGACUGCCAGUGUCUGGUCAUUAGAUCCAAGUGUCAUCUCCAGCUUGGCAAUGCUGAGGCCUCUCUUGCAGAUGCAGAAUUAGCUUUAGAGCAGGAGAGUGAGCAGCCUCUUGUUAAGGGAUUGUACCAAAAAGCAGAAGCCUUAUAUCAGAAAGGUGAUUUUGAGACAGCCCUUAUAUUCUACCACAGAGGAAACAAACUGAGACCGGAGUUACAAGAGUUCAGACUGGGAAUACAGAAAUCACAGGAGGCCAUUAAUAACAGUAUUGGAAGUCCAGACUCAGUGAAAUUAGAGGCCAACAGAGGAGACAUGUCAUAUUUCUACAAACAAGAGGAGGAGCAGAAAGCAAAGGAUUUAGAAAAGUUACAAAGAAAACAAGCAGAAAAAGAGGCAAAAAAGCAACAGAAAGGAUCUUACCAGAAGCCAACAGCAAAGAAAGAAGAAAGAAAGGAACGAGAUGCUCCCAAAGGAAGUGGCGAUGCUAAAACUGUGAAGCAAUUACUGGGGGAUUUGUUUUGUGAUAAAGAAUAUCUGGAAAAACUGCUCAAAGAUCAAAGUUUGACUGGGAAUACCAAGAGAAAUGACAUGAGCAGAGAUAUUAAAGACAAAGUUUGUGAUGGUCUGGAGUAUUUGCAUAAUCGUGCCGAAUUCUGGCGGCAACAGAAACCGAUGUACGCACGUAAACGUGACAAGGACAGGCAACGUGAGGAAUGGAACAAAUCACGUCGUAGCGGACGGGGAAAUAUGGAAAAGGUACUUAGGAAUCUCGAAGAAAUUGAUGAAGCCCAGACUCAGGGUAAACACCAGGAGAGUUUAGAAAAAGCCAAAAACACACUAACAAUUGUACAGAAUGCUUCUGAUGAUGAGAUCCAGAAUAAACCAGAACUAAUGGCUAGUCUCUACAGCAGUAUAGGAAAUUGUUAUCUCGAAUUAAACAAACUCAACCAGGCCAUGGAUUAUCAUAACAGAGAUUUAGAUAUUGCUAGGGAAUAUAAUUUAGAAGAUGCCAAAUCUAGAGCCUUGGACAAUUUAGGAAGAGUUCAUGCCAGAAAAGGAGAAUAUGAAAAAGCCAUAGAAGUAUGGCAAGAAAAGAUACCCUCAAGUAAAUCUCCAUUAGAAAGUACUUGGUUAUAUCAUGAAAUUGGUCGGUGCUAUUUAGAAAUAGGAAAAUACUCUGAAGCACGAGAUUAUGGAGAGAAGUCAUUAAUGGCCGCACGUGAAGCAGAUGAUGGUGGCUGGCAGCUCCAUGCAAGUGUUCUGUGUGCUCAGUCUGAAGUGAAACUUUGUGACUACCAGUCUGCAGCAGAUUCUUUUGAAAAAGCGCUGGAGUUGGCACGGCAACAAAAAGAUGAGGCUGCUGAACAAGCUAUAAACAAAGCUCUAGAUGAAGUCAAUGAGAAAAUUGUAAGAGGAGUGAAGGAAGGAGAUGGUGAUGAAGAUGAAAAAUAUGAUGAUGAUUUUGAGACGGAUAAAGAACAAGCAGGAAAAAGAAAAGAACCAUCGCCGCCGCCUAAACAACCGACACCGCCACCUAAAGAACCAACGCCGGAGCCUCCUCGGACAAAAUCUGUCUCUAUAAAAGAAGAAGUUGAAGAAGCACAGCAGGAGGAUCAGGUGGAGGAAGAACCACAACAACAACAACAACAACAGCAAGAUACAGUUCCAGCUAGUUCACCUGAACCUCAAAUUGAGGUAGAACAACAGGUUGAACAACAGGAAACCAGUCAACAACAACAACAACAACAACAACAGGAAGUUCCUGAACAAGAACCAACAACUAUAGAUGAAGGUGAAAGUGCCAGAAACAAAACAUCUCCUGAACCAACAAACACUGACAAAGAACAGACAGACAAAGAACAAACAGAUAAAGAACAAACAGAUGAUGAUGGUAAGCACUGGUUCUGAAAAUAAUAAGAAAAA